AUGUCGCAAUAUCCGAACGGUCAACAGGCAUACUACGGCCAACCCACAAAUCCUCAAGCCUCUGUCCAACCGUCCACCAGCCACUAUGAUGCCUAUUCGUCCCAAAACCCCACGCCGGACCAACACCUGCCUCGACGGAUGCCAAGUUACAAUGCCGGGGAUGAUUCUGGAUUCUUCAACCCUGCACAGGCCCAGAAUAUGAGAGCGACCGAAGAAAACAGACAGGGGGGCUACAACGCUGUGCAGGGAGCCUUCGAAGACGACAGAGACUCGAGAUAUUCGCGGACUUCGUCAGACGCCAUGUCGCGCAUGUCUCCGAGUCGCGCCUCUUCACAAACCUCCACCAUGUCGUAUCAAUACCAAUACUCCGGAGCACCCUCGUCCCAGCCAGCCUACAACCCGCAGCAAUACGGCCUUCCACACACCCAGUCGCAGCCGGUCCUCGCUUAUAACCCCCAGACGUACACUGGCGCCAGUAAUGCUUACGCCGCUCCAGCCUCGGGCCAUCAACCAUAUAAUCCUGCAGCCUACCAGUCUGCUGCUGUUUCGGGGCUGAGCUCUCCGGUCUUACCCAGAAGACAAAGCACAGCUUCGCACUACGGACAAACGCCGCCGACCCCACAAUCGUACAGCUUCUCCCAACAACCACCGCUUCCGCCGCCGCGGGGCGCUGAUCAUCCGUAUGGAGGACGUUCGUACCAACCAAUGUCACCGAACCCCUCGCCUUCUUAUGUGCCGUCAAGCUCCCCGGGAAUAGUGCAUAUGCCUCCUCCUACAUCACGUCCUUAUUACAGCAACUCACAAGGGACUGCGUAUGACUUACCUUCCCCCCAGUACACCCCAGCGAUCCCAAGCAGUUCCUUUGAAGAGCAGCCCCCGGCGCCCCCAGCUCAUCAGACCCACGCAAAUGACCUAUACGGCAGGCAGCCAAGUGUGUCUCAUUCCGGGCCAGGGCGAACCCUGCCGACACCCCCUGUGCAUCGACGAAGCAGGGGCAAAUGGCUGGCCAGCGGAAGCUCCCCCAUGGCAUACGAAGAUGUGCUCAGAGAGGACGAGGCGGCUGUGUUGAACUCUCACAACUUUGCCCGGCGUCACAGUUCUAGAGCAUCCCACGCUAGCUCUGCUUCACGCAUGCACUUCUCGCCUGAUGAGGAACACACCCACACCAACGGUAACAUGGAGACAGGCACGGGGCAUACUGUCAACUAUGAUGCGUAUAUUGACGAAAGCGACCCCGAGGCUACUGCUGGUUUGAUUAUGAUGCAAGAAGAUAUAGCGCGCGAGGAGCGUGAGAAAGGGCGAAUGCGACGCGAGACCAAUGCCUCAGUUCUCAGCUCGCAUGGAUCCAACGUCUCACCAAGAGGGCCUUCGCCACACUCUGAUAUUAAUGGUGAUAAUGAUUCCGUUCAUGACCUAGCACAGUACGAAGGAGGAUACCAAGCAAAUUUGCCCUAUGGAGAGGAACUAUUCUACAAUUCGGAAGAUCACUCGGACCCUGCCGCGACCAACAGGUUUCCAGGCACAUCUGGUUCAUUCAGAAGCUCUGUAUCUCCCGAUGACCGUGGUGAGUAUUACAGUGAAUACGAGCACCCGCCUAUUGCAUAUGAUUAUGCCAGACGUCUCCAUCAUAUCCCGGCCGAUGCUAGGGUAGAUGCCAGUGGCACAGGGGGAUUAUCGGCACCCGAUGCCUAUUCCCGACGGAUGAGCUUUGACUAUGGCGAUGAAGGAGAAACACCAUAUCAGACCCAUUCUGGAGAUCAAUCCGAUGACGAGAGCCCUCACCGAUCCGCACAUGAAGAUCUGUUCUUCCACCCUGGAAUGCGUCCAUUGCCCCCAGCACCCGUUGAGCCUGCGGGUAAUGUUGACCUUGUGUCACAUUUGAUGCCUGCGGGCACCUAUAACCGCCACUCGGAGCAGCAGGAUGACUUGGAUAGUUAUUCACAGUAUAACAACCCCUCCCUGCCGACGUCUGCGGAUUCUUAUGGUGAUGCUUUGAUGAGCACCUCCCAAGUUCCGCGGUCGUCAUCUUUGUCGACUCCUAUUGGACCUCGUACUGAUGCACCCAUCAGAUCGAAAACCGAUGCGGACCGGCUCAGAUACAGGCAGCAGCAGCAAGAACUUCUCUUGCAGCUUCAGCAAAAAGACCUACCUCAUAUCGACCCAGCGGCGGCUGCAGCGGCGGCUAUGACGCUGGAUCUGCCAAGCAUCCCGGCUGGCCGGCGCAAGAAGUUCCAUCCCGCAAAGCUGUCGUCAGAACAAUUCAAGAAGUGCAGUGAACCGUGGGCUUUGAGUUCUCUCUUGUCCUGGAUCAAGGACCUGAGUGAAGACGAAACAGAUCUCAGGGAGCAAACAAUUGCCGAUGCCAUGGUCGCGUUGUUCACCCACAAAGUCCCCACCAUGAACAUUGCCGAUGCUGAGACACUGGCUGCUCGUGUUGUCAGUGGUAUGCUUGAAGAAGGUGCCUUGGUCAAAGAAGAAGAAUGGGUCAAGUUUGGCUCAGGCACUCUUUCGGGUAUCCUGUUCCAGAUCACUGGCACCGGAUGUUACUCUCCCAGGCUCCAUCUACAUGAGACGCACAUUGAGGAUACUGAUAGUUUCGCUCGAUGUUACUCGCAUCACUGUAUGCGGACAUUGAAGAAGGUCAACCUCAAGGCACAGAUGAUGGCACCGCAGAAGAAGGUCGAGGACUGGGUCACUUUCUACAAGGUGCCCAAGGAGGUAUGGGAAGCUCAUCCAAGGAAAGAGGUCGAUCGGCAAAACAAUUUACACGAAAUUGUCACCACGGAAGACUCUUACAUCACGCAACUGGAUGUCCUACGAGAACUUUAUCGCGAUCAAUUGGCUAAGAUGAAUCCUCCGAUCAUCCCGGCGAAGCGAUUGCCCAAAUUCUUGGCUGAUGUGUUUGGUAAGGUCGAUUCUGUGAAGAGAGUCAACGAGGAUUUCCUGUUGGCACAGCUUAAAUAUCGUCAAAAAGAACAGGGUCCUUUCAUCUCUGGAUUCAGUGACAUCUUCCGGGAAUGGAUUCGCAAAGCUAAGAAUGUUUACAUCGACUAUGCUGCAACCUUCCCAACGGCAAACUAUCUUGUCCGCAAGGAGGCAGAGCGCAACCCGCACUUCAAGCAGUUCCUGAACCAAGCGCGGGAGCACAAACUGUCCAGUCGCCUUAGCUGGGAUACUUUCCUCAAAGCUCCGAUUACCAGAAUCCAGCGGUAUACUCUUCUGCUGGCGACUGUACACAAGAAUAUGGUCAAGGAUUCCGAAGAAAAGACCAAUCUGGCACAGGCUAUUGAAGAAAUCAAGGUCGUGGCGCUAGAAUGUGACAACAAAGUGGGAGAGAUGAACAAGAAGGCCGACUUAAUGGAGUUGGCAUCCAAGCUGCAGUUGCGACCCGACAUGAAGAAGGAAGUUGAACUCAAUCUCGAACACUUGGGUCGACAGAUCAUCCAUCGAGGCGAGCUGCAACGUCCUGGAACCCGCACAAGAUUCCUUGUCGAUACACACGCCAUCUUGUUCGACCAUUAUCUUGUUCUCGCCAAGAUAUUCACAAUGCGCGACCGGGCAGUGAAGUACGAGCGAUACGAUAUUUCAAAACUGCCCAUCCCAAUGGACCUAUUGGGCCUGGAAAGCACCGACGAUGAUCCUGUGGUCAAAUCAUCCGUCAGGGGAGUUUCGACUCUCACGCCCUCCCAGGCGGGUGCUGGCAGCCCUCUCGCACAUACAGGGUCUGGGGCAUCAAAUGGGGCCGUUGACACCUCAAGGGACGACAAGAUCCUGUACCCUUUCAAAAUCAAGCAUCUAGGCAAAACUGGAACAUAUACUCUGUACGCCUUCUCAGCACAAAGCCGCCUGGAAUGGUGUCGAAAAAUCAUCGAAGCAAAGACAAAGCAUGCUGCUGCUCUCUUCUCGCAGAACGCCGAGCCAUUCCGACUCCGUGUGCUUGCGGAUACUGCGUUCGCAUACUCCGAUCAUACACCCGGCUCUACAAGUGUCACCAUCAAGGGCACCCCUCUCCAUCGUGCGAUCAAAGAAGUCGAGAAAAAAUAUGAAAGCUCGAAGACUCGUCCUCCCGCGGUAUGCAAAACUGCAGUCAACUGUGCCACGGUCUUCCAACAGCCACCUGGGCGCAUUAUGUGUGCUAUUGGCACGGAAUAUGGACUGUACAUGUCUGAGCUUAAUAACCCACGCGGUUGGUACAGGGCUAUUCCCAUCACGCGAGUCACACAAGUUGCAGUUUUUGAAGAUUUCAAUCUGCUGUUGUUGAUUGCAGAUCGGUCUUUGAUUGCAUAUCACCUGGACGUGGUCUGUCCCGCCAAUGGGAAGACUUCCCAGUCAUCUCAGGAUUCUGCUCGACGAGCCCCACAGAAGCUGUCUGGAAACCGUGAAGUGGGAUUCUUUGCCGCUGGUCGUCUAAAGGACCGGUACUUGGUUCUGUACAAAAAGCGUGAGGGAUUAUCAUCUACAUUCAAGGUUCUCGAGCCCGUCCUGCAAAAAUCAUCCACAAAUAAGAGCCGCUUGUUCUCACGUCGCUCACAAACGGAGUUCUUCCGUGAUUACGACGAGUUCUACAUCCCUGCCGAGACCUACCGAAUUAACAUGUUCCACUUCUCACUUGCCAUCUCAACUCAAAAGGGCAUCGAAGUCCUCACCCUCGACAAGAAACUCUCAUGGUCUGUCCCAGACUUCAGCUCCAACGAUACGCAAGAUGCACACGAUACCUUAAACAGUAUUUCCAAUCGCAUCAGCGGGCUGAAGCCACUAGGCAUGUUCCGUCUCAGCGAGAGCGAGUUCCUAGUAGCUUACCAGCAGUGCGCUGUGUACGUCAACAAGCACGGCGACGUCUCUCGCAGUGUGGUCAUGGAGUUCGUGGGCAGCGCACACACAGCCUGUCUCUAUGGCAAGUUCCUAAUUCUCUUCAACGACGACUUCGUCGAAGUCCGCAACGCCAUGAACGGCCGCUUGCGCCAGGUUAUUCCUGGCCACAAUGUCGUAUGUAUCGACGACGGCAGCAAGGUCCCUGGCUCGCUCAAUGGAAAUGCGCAGGCCAACACCGGUGGCUCGGGUCUUGGUAGCGGCUUCUCUGAUGCGACUAAUGGCUCCUCAGGCUCCCCGAGCAUGGGCAAUACGGUCAAAAUCUGCAUGCAACACCCAGAAUAUGAGCGGAGCCAGAUUGUCUUAGAACUUCUCGAGAAUGAGGGGCAAAAGGACUAA